GAAGACACGGAGGGCCAGAUGAGGCUGGUUUCUGAGGCGAUGCGACAGCUUCGGACCAUGCUGCGGGAGUCGGGCGAGGAGUUGAACCGCGAGACAGUGUCAAGGCUGUCUACGACGCUGCGGGAAGACGCCAUCUACAUGGCGUUGAUUCACAGUGAUCCUAGCGACCGGGCAGUGGUUCGCAAGCUGAUCGAGCAAGCGGGCGGGGUGUUGCCUCUGCUGCACCGCAUGUGCAGUGUGAUGGUGAAGGUGCAUGACUUGAUGCUCCAGCGGAGUGCCCGCAAUGGGAGUGGCCGCAAUGAAGUGUCGAUCGGGUGUAUACUGCGGGACAUUGAGGCGAGAUUUCAGCAUGAGUGGCUUCCCUGGCAGCAGGGAGUUCUGCAAGAUCACAACCUCGAUCACAUGCUGUCGGGAAGCGACCCGCGGCAUGUCUUGGACCAGCUGGCUACGGCUUACCAAGCCCUUCGUGCAAAUGCUUUCGAAUCUGUCGAAUCGAGGGACACACAGCCCGCAGUCAGCGAAGUGAAGAGGCUAAUGCGCGACCGGGGCUUUGAACGCUGCUUACAAAGUCAUGAUGAGCUCGGCCAAUUUAUACAGAGCGUCGUGCGAGAAGGUAUACAGCUGAAGCUGCGAAGAUUUGGUCUGGGAAACUAUCUGACGCAACCAGAUUCUGCAGAGAAACUUCUGGAUGAUCUCAUUCAGGGACAGGCACGCUUGCACGAGUUGCGGCAGGCCCCGCAGGCCUUUCCAUGGCGCGAGGAUCUGAACAGGCGGGAAGCGGUUCCCGCUGCUGGAAUUCUGGGCGACAACGGGAUGCUGGGUGACAGAUGGCAUCCGGACGAGCGGAAUAUUCCCGAUGGUAGGCUGCGUUGCGAAACAUGGCUCCGCAGUGACGAUUUGCAACCCCGGGCGCCUCCAGUGCAUCGGCCGCCCUGGCAGAUGGAGGAGGCUGAAAUCCCGCCGCCACCGCCGCCGCCCCGCGAGGUGUUUCCUCAGGUGCGUGCGCCGCCUCCUCCCCCAGUACCGCACCACACGGGCGGCGUGCCCGUGGGUUCGGAGAGUUCAUCCUUUGCUUUCCGAGCCAACGCUGCGGAGUUCGUUCCUGCGGGUCACACAGGCGUUCCAGCAAGCGACGUGGUGGAGUCUCGCCAGGAGGAUGAUGCCAUACGCUCCUCGGACAGCCCGCCUCCUGCUGAGCCGGCGCCCGUGGCCGCGACAUCCUUCGCGCCACCACCGGGCCUGCUGCCGCUGAGCCCUAGGCAAACGACCGAGCCUCUGCCAUUUGCUCGGCCAACGCCUCCGCUGAACAGCUUCCACGCUCCCCUCAGUAGCGCAGCCCGAUUUCCGUAG